CAAUAAUAAUACAAUACAUAAUAAAUUUUUUUAAUAAUAAUAAUUAGCAUUUUUAAUAUUAAUAAUAAAAUAAUAGAAAUAUGGGUUUUAUAAAUAGAAAGCAAUUAUCAAAUUCAUUAAGAUAUAUCGGCGUUGGUGUCAAAAGAAUACCAAGAGUUAUAAAAGAAUUAAAGAGAAAAGGAUUCCACUUUUUUGGAUUGGUUAUACCUAUUAUAUAUAUUUUAGGCUUACAUUAUACAACAUUUAUGACCAGAGGAUUUGCAGUUAAAUUAUUGGGAUCAAUUACACUAGGAUACUUUAUUUGGGAACAAUUAAGAUUAAAUGUACCAGCAGUCAGCGAAUUUUGUGUUAAAAUGUAUGGCCAUAUGAUGAGGGAAAAAGAAAAGGACAGAAUGAAUGGCGUUUUCUUUUACCUCUUGGGCAGCACAAUAUGCAUAUACUUUUUCCACCCCCUUAUCGCAGUUUCAAGCAUGUUAUUUUUAAUUAUUGGGGAUUUCACUGCAGCUUUAGUCGGUAUUUCUUAUGGUAGAACCAAAAUUGGAAACAAAUCAUUAGAGGGCACCAUGGCAAUGUUUUUAGUUUGUUUUGUUUUAAGUUUUGCAAUGUUUUUCAAUCAAUCUUUAGGUGAACAUAUAGCUUUUUGGGGAUCACUCGUAGCAACUCUUGUAGAAUUAUUCAAUCCAUCAUUCGUCGACGAUAAUUUAACCAUUCCAAUUAUUGGGGCUAUUGCCAUGAAAUAUAUGACCGUAAGAUUGGGCGUAGAACUUCCAGUAUAUAGUAAUUCUUUAUAA